CAAAGCCAACCAGUUUGACGUUUUGUUUUGAUAUUAUCUUUUUCCAUAAAGUGAUUCCUGGAAAAUCUUGCACCAAAUCUUUCACAGGUAGAUACACAAAAGAUCACGCAUGCCUCUCUCCUUAUAUAUAAACAUUUCCUUAUAUAUAUACCCUAAUCCCCACCCUCCCCUCUUUGUCAAUAACCUAUGGCAAGCACAGUCCAUGUCGAGGAGGCUGUAUUGGUCAUCCCAAGCGAGCCUACACCUACACGAGUCCUCCCUCUCUCCGCCCUCGAUUCCCAGCUCUUUUUGCGUUUCACUGUCGAGUACCUUCUAGUCUACACGCCUCGCCAUGGGUCGAACCAGGCUGCCAUCACGGCUGGAGUCAGGGCUGCACUCGCUAAAGCCUUGGUCCCAUAUUAUCCGCUAGCGGGUCGAGUCAGGACCAAGCCCGAUGGCUCGGGGCUUGAAGUUGUGUGUCGAGCGCAGGGUGCUCUGUUCAUCGGGGCCACGUCGGAUCAGGUGGUUACUGAUUUCGAGAGGGCCCCACGUUAUGUUACGCAGUGGAGGAAACUAUUGUCUCUCCAAGUGCCAGAUGUUCUCAAAGGGGCCCCACCUCUUGUUGUUCAGCUGACGUGGCUUAGAGACGGUGGUGCCACGUUAGGUGUUGGGUUUAGUCACGCCCUUUGCGAUGGUAUUGGAAGUGCCGAGUUUCUCAACUCGUUUGCAGAGCUCGCCACGGGUGAACUCAGCCGAGUUGUCUCGCCCGUUUGGGAUCGACAACUUUUUGACUCGAGAUUCACUCAUUGUAAUCGUACAAAACUCCUGAGUCAUCCCGAGUUCACCCGAGUCCCGGACCAUUGUGGCUUUUUGAAUCGCUUCUUUAACGAAAAAUUGACACCGACUUCAUUAAUAUUCGACAAAAGAUUUCAAAAUGAGCUCAAGAAACUCGCUCUGUCAACGAGUCGACCCGCCGAGUCUUCCUACACGUGUUUUGAGGUUCUCUCUGCUCAUGUAUGGAGGAGCUGGGCUCGAUCCUUGAAUCUUCCGUCAAAUCAAAUCCUGAAGCUUCUCUUCAGCGUCAACAUUAGGAACCGAGUCAAGCCGAGUUUGCCGAGUGGCUACUACGGGAACGCGUUCGUGCUCGGUUGUGCUCAGGCUAAUGUGAAGGAACUCACUGAGAAUGGUCUAGGUCACGCGGCGAGCUUGGUGAAGAUAGCGAAAGAAAGAGUGGACGGCGAUUACGUGAAGUCGGUGGUUGAAUCGGUGAGUCAAUCAAAGAAGUGUCCUGACUUGGUUGGAGUGUUGAUAAUGUCAGAAUGGUCAAGGCUGGGUUUAGAGAAGGUUGACUUUGGGCUAGGCAGGCCAGUUCAUGUGGGACCCAUAUGUAGCGAUAAGUACUGUCUGAUUUUGCCAGUUCAUGAUCAGACGGCUGCCGUGAAGGUGAUGGUAGCACUGCCCGCAAGUGCCGCUGUUGAGUACGAAUAUCUAAUAAAAAGUCCAUAUAAUUCAUGAAGAGCCCACUGGAUCACUGAUUUUUUUGACUUACUCGUUGACUCUAUUAUUCACUUUUUGACUUUUCUUACAAAAAAAAGAUUCCACAUGA